AUGGAAAAAACACAUAGAGAUUUAUUUAAAGUAAUAGUAACCGAAUUAUUUCAAAUUCAUAGACGUUCACAAUUAUAUAAAGUUUUAUUUCCAUCAUCAAUCAAAACUCCAUUAAAUACAAGAAAAUUUCUUCAUACAUUAUUUGAAAAUGUUAUAUUUAUUUUUAACAAUGAAUCAGGUGAAAUUAAAUUUACUGAAAAUGGAAAUUUAAUUUCAAUUUCCCCUUUUUGGCAUUGGAAUUUUGCAUUAGAUUUACAUGAAGUUAGUAUUUCUAGAUUUAUUAUAGAGUGUAUUUCUUAUAUGACACUUGAUGAUUUUUUAAAUAAAUUAAUUGAUGUGUGUAAAGAUUUAAAUGAAAAUAUGUAUAUGUCUGAAUCUCAAAGAAAAACAAGAGUACUAAGACUUCAAAGUAUUAUUGUUUCUUGGGUAAAUCUAAUGAAAGAUGAAAUAAUUACUAAUAAUUCUGUUAUUGAAAAGUUACUUAAUUCAUGUUUAUUUAAAACUGAUGUUAUUAGUGAAAAUAUAUUAAAGAACAUUAAAAAAGAAAUCCAAUCAACACAUGUCAUUGACCCAGUUUGUUUUCAAUCACAACCAAUUAAAAAAUUUAAUUGUAGACUUAAAAUAGAUAAAAUUUACUGUGGAAAAGGAAUUAAAAAAGUUAGAAUUUAUAAAAUUAAGAGUACUAUUGUUGCAAAACAAAUUAUAAUGUUCAACCAAAGACUGUGGAACACAGUCCAUUUUUCUGAAUUUUUUUAUUCUAAAAAAACUCCAACACUUGACAAUUAUAUCAACAAAAUUCAAUUUAUCGAGAAACUUACAAAAGCUUCUUUAGAAUAUGAUCCUUCUUCUAAAAUGUUAAAUUUUUAUAUUAAAGUUUCUUACCAUUGUAUGUUUUUAGGUGAUUUUAAUUCAAGUUGUCUGAUUUAUUCUAUUCUUUCAAUAUUCUGUUCAGAUGUUAGAAACAAAAAAAUAUUUAAUGAAUUAAAAAGUAAAACUAAAAGAAAAUACCGUUCUUUAGAGAAUGUUUAUUCUAUUAGCAUGCAACAUGCUAACUACCGUAAUGCAUAUGCUGACCAUCCUGAUCCAAAAAUUCCAGUUCUUGCUUUAUUACUUGGAGAAAAUAUCAGAAGUGAUAUGAUGGAAACAUAUAUUCAAUCAAAUCAAUUAAAUGUGUUAAAAAUUCGAAAAGUGUCUGAUGUUGUUGAUAUGUUAUACAAUGCUAAAGAAAUAAGUUUUGUAUUUUCAGAAAUUCCAGAAGUUAUGCAAUAUUUCCAGAACCUCAUUGCUUUCUUCAAAUGA